AAAACCAAGUGAAACAAAGAUUUCUGCUGCUUCGACUCUCUACCCAUUGUCUGCUUGGACGCGGAGUGACGUGUGCUCCGCGGUGAGAUUCGGCCGAUUCCAGCGUCCGCGGUCGGAGUUUCUCUGGUUUCCGGUGGAAAUUGCGGCAGCAUCGGUGGUGACACUUGCAUCGAGUGGUGAGGAGGUUGAAGCAGUUGUAUCUGGUCCUUGGUUUUAUUGACAAAGGCAGAUUGUGAUUUUCGUAGGAGGAAGAACAAGAGAGGUUGAUUUGCAAGAAGGGUGUCAUCUACCACCCACAUCAGUGCUAACCACAUUAGUGAUUAGACACACACAAAAUCCUGUGCUAAAAGCAGAGGCAUGUAUAAAAACCAGCUGCAGGAGCUAGCACAGAGAAGCUGUUUUAAUCUCCCAUCGUAUUCUUGUAUCCGGGAGGGGCCAGAUCAUGCACCUCGGUUCAAAGCUACAGUUAACUUCAAUGGCGAGAUUUUUGAAAGUCCUACAUUUUGCAGUACCCUGAGACAAGCUGAACAUGCUGCUGCUGAGGUGGCUCUCAGCACUCUUUCAAAGAGGGGACCUUCUAGAUCACUAGCUGCUAGAGUCUUGGAUGAGACUGGAGUAUACAAGAAUUUGCUCCAAGAAACAGCACACAGAGCUGGUCUAAAUUUGCCAGUUUAUACCACUGUGCGGUCUGGACCAGGACACAUGCCAGUCUUUUCCUGUACAGUGGAGCUUGCAGGAAUGAGCUUUACAGGUGACCUUGCUAGGACUAAGAAACAAGCUCAAAAAAAUGCUGCAAUGGCUGCUUGGUCCGCACUAAAACAAUUGCCACAUGCAAAUUCUUCUUCCUCACCGUCAUCUUCAUCUCCAUCAUUGGGAUCUGAAUCCAGUGAAGAACAAGAACAGGUAACUAUAGCUAGAGUGUUAGCUAGUUUGCGGCCUCCAGAUGGAAACCGACAGCCUUCACAACAUGACUCGCAGCGUGGAAGAAGGAAGCCCAUGUCCAGUCCAAGGGACAAGAACCCAUCUGUUCCCGUAUCCUUAUAUCCCCUGCAUUACCAAAGAUGGACAUAUGCCGGCUUUGCUCCUGAAGUUGCUAGGUUUCAAUUGUGGCAGCAGCAGCAACAAACUAGAUAUCUUGCUCUUCCACCUCCUGUCCCAAACCCAGGAGUCUUACCAUUUGUACGGUCUGUUUUCCCAUCAAAUGAUGCCCAAUUUUUCCCUUCAAUUGAGCAAGAAGCAGGUCCUUGUGCUCCUCCUUCCCCAUUUUAUUCUGCUACUUCACCCAUUCCUGUUCAUACUAGAAACAGGUCCCAAGUUACAAUACAGGAACUACCUGAUGAGAGCCAGAUGGAGGAUCAGCAAUGGCUUCCACGCGGCUCUUCAGAGAAGGAAACUGGCUCCAGUGGGCAGAACACUGAUUUGAGUUCAAGGUCCCAAAGUUUCCAUCCUUUCACUGCACAAGGUUCACAUGUUCCAAAUGAUUCCCGCAUAGAGCCAAAAGCUCUGGAAACGGAAGAUGAUGCACGUAAGGACAGUGGUUCCGAAAUGGGGUCUGGAGAUGCCAGUUUGAAGUCAACGUUAGGCUCAGGCCUGCCUACCAUCCAUAAUAACUGCUUCUCUAGUACCUUGCACACCCUUUCCAAAAAGCAGGAAAUUCAAAAAGAGCAUAUUCAGAAGGAACGGUUUGAUUUGGCACAUGGAAGUCAAGCAGAUUCUUCAGUACCACAAGAUACAGAGAGGCUAUGCAGGGGCUCUGCUGGAUUUAGACCAAGAAAUCCGAGCCCACGGCAUUUUCCAGCACAUAGUCCAAAUUCAUAUGAACCAAUCCUAUCCAGUGUUCGACAUUGCCAACCAGAGCAGUUGGGUUCCUCAGCAGGGUUAAGAGGCUUUAGACGGCCUCAUGCAGUGGCUCCACCUGUGACUAUAAGACCCAUCAUACCAGUGUGUUCUGCCAAGCCAAGGACAGAAGGUGUAGGCAACCAGGUUUCUUCUGUUAAUUUUGCAGCCCCACCCGUCCAGAUUGGAUCUGUUAGACCAGUUUCCGUGGCAUCACCUGUCAAGGAGCCCACAAAGUUAAAUGAUGAGCAGCUCUUACCUCCGGGUGACAAGAAAGCUGCUGAGCAGGAUAGUAUUUCAGCUGUACAUUCUGAGCUUGGUAAGCUUCAGAUAUGAUCAAUGUGAAACCUUUUUUGUAUCAGGUCUCUUUUUAAUGUUGAUUCAGAGCAUUUUAUCUUCAUUCCUGUGCAAUUCGGCGGUAUCUUGUGUAGGUCAUGCUGGUGCCGUCGCCUGUUCAGGUGCGGUGGUCGUCUUGGUCACCGCUGACCAGCAAGGAGUGAAGCCGUAUCUUGUAGUUUGUGUCAUAGUAGUGAAAAGAUGCAAAAAUGGUUCCUUAUCCUUUGUCAAGGGAUCUUGCUGAUUUUGGAAUUA